UUUGCAAUGUCCUAAAUUUACAAUGCUAGAUAUACUCAUUUCUUGUGUUCAAUAAAUCGGCUUAGUAGAAAAAAUGAGGAUAGUUGAGUUCCUUCUCACCCUUUUGAUCAUCCCCUUGGUACACUCCAUUAGUUUUUGGGGGCUUUCUCCUGAAAUUUAUCAAAAAAUCUCAUCAAAAAAAGAAGACACUGACUUGAUUUCCAGCAAGAAGAUCACUAAGAGAUGGGAUGUUGUUAAUCUUUUAAAGGAGAUGACAAAAGUAGAAUCUGAGGUCGGGUAUGAGUAUCAAGCUAUGCAUUGGUUGAAAGAUAUACUCGAAGAACAAGGUUUGACUGUUGAAUUACAAAUAGUGGAAGAUUCUGACCACAGUAAUACUGGUCUUGCUCGGCAUAAUUUGUAUGCAUAUAUGGGAACCGUAAGAAACACCAAAAUCUUGUUAUCCGCCCAUAUUGAUACUAAUCCUGAAGGUCGUAUUCCGUACCAUGAAAUUGGAGAGGAGAUUCAUGCAAGAGGUGCUUGUGAUGCCAAAGGUUCAGCGGCCGGGCAGAUUGUAGCCUUUUUUGAACUUUGGGAUGAAGGAAAGAUAGAAGAAGGUGACGUGUCGCUACUUUUCGUUAUUGGAGAAGAGUAUAACGGUAUUGGAAUGAAAACGGCCGUUGAAAGUUUGAACGCUACAUGGUAUUCUGCUGCCGUACUAGGCGAGCCAACAGAAAACAAAUUGAGUAAAGGGCAUAAAGGUAACUUUAGGUUUGAUAUUGAGGCUUGGGGAAAAAAGAGUCACUCUGGAUAUCCAGAGCUUGGUUUCAGUGCAAUUGAAUUUUUGGUUCGCAAACUCAACAUUCUCCUGGAUUCAGAGCUUCCUUCUUCGGAUUUGUUAGGUCCAACAACCGUAAAUAUCGGAACCAUCAAAGGAGGAGAUUCUGCCAAUAUUAUCCCGAGCUAUGCCAAAGCAGAAAUGUAUAUUCGUGUUGCGGGCAACAGCUCAGAAAUAAAAAACUAUGUGGAGGAUCUUUUCAACACGGAACAUUCAAAAAUUACAAUUGUUCAAUUUUUAGAUCCACAAUAUUUAUCUUUCGAUGUUCCAGGAUUUGAGCUAAUUGCUUGUUCCUAUGCCACAGACAUGCCGUAUUUAGAAUCAAUCAGCAUCAAAAAGUAUCUUUACGGUCCUGGAAGCAUUUCAGUCGCUCACACUCAGGCCGAAUAUGUGACAGUAUCCGAAUUAUAUGAUUCGGUUGUUGGAUAUAAGAAAAUUGUAGAAUUUAAUCUCUAGUUUCAUUGCUAUAGCACUAGACUCCUUUCUUUAGUUAUGGCGCACUUAUUAAUAUCUUAUGCUAUCAGCA